AUGUCCAAUAUCUACGUAACAGAGCCUCCGACGAGCGGCAAGAUACUCCUCUCCACGUCCAAGGGGGACAUUGAGGUGGAGCUAUGGGCCAGAGAGGCGCCCAAGGCUGUGCGCAACAUCAUUGCCCUAGCAAUGGAAGGCUACUAUGACAACAUGAUCUGGCAUCGGAUAGUGCCUGGCUUCUGUAUUCAGACAGGAGACCCUACCGGUACGGGCACCGGAGGCGAAUCAUUCUAUGGAGAGCCCUUCGAGGACGAGCCGCAUCAGAGGCUAAGGUUCACACGGCGUGGUCUGCUCGCCAUGGCCAAUCCAGGAGAGCACAACAUGAAUGAAAGCCAAUUCUUUAUCACCCUCGAUGCUACCCCCGAGCUCACUGCCAAGCACACAAUCUUCGGUCGAAUAUCAGGCCCGACUAUAUACAAUGUCUUGAGCCUGGCUGAAGUUGAGCUCUCGCCGACAGAGCCGGACCGACCUCUCUAUCCGCCCAAAUUGCAUACGAUCAAAGUGCUUGAGAACCCGUUCGAUGACAUCGUUCCUAGAAUUACGAGGGAAGAGAAGUUGGCUCAGGAGGCCAAUAGGCGGAAAGCGCGAGCUGAGGCUGGAAAGAGGCGAGAGAAGGUCAAGAAGUGA